AGUAGACGCCAUCUCAGAAUUUCAGUUCUGAAGGGGAAAUUUGUGGACAUUAUGGCGGAAUGCUUAGUUAUUCGUGAGGUAAUUUUGUAGUAAAUCUCUGUGAAUUUGUCUCAUAAACUCUGUAAUCCGUGAAGAAAGUAUAAUUGUUGCUUGAAGAAUUAUUAGUGCAACUGUUUCUGUGUGGUUUGGUGUCUCAAAUUCGGCUAUAUUAAAGCCUGAAGCUCACCUAAGAGUCGGGAUAACUUAUAAUGAGUGCCAUGAGUGCGUCUCCAGUGAAACCAGUCCUGCCCCCAGCCGGAGUCAACGUGCCUCCUCCAGUCGCCACCACGCCACCUAAAGUGUCGACCAUGAUGCAGAUUCCUCCCUCGCUAACCAUCGCCCCAUCAAAACCUGCCAACGUGAACCACUCCAACACACCCAUCAGUCUCACCAUGUCAGACAUCCGUGCACAGCAGUACGUCCCUCCGAACCAACCCGGCAUCCCUCCGAUGCCUAUUUCACAACCACUGCCUCGUACGCCUGAAAAACCUAAAGAUCUUACAGCUCCGAUAUCUAUGUCUGUGAAGCCAACGUCAAAUGGUAUGGAACCACAAAAUCAGCCCCCGCCAGCUCUUGCUGUGCCUACUGCCCCGGAUGUGCAGGUCUCGGCUGUGCCGCCGCCCCCGCCCCCCAAAGUUGAGGCCCCCGUGGUCCCAGAAGUACAAGAGAACAAAGCUCCACCGAUUCAAACACUGCCUGAAAACCUAGUUGCCGAGCCACCAUCUGCUUCUACAGCCCCUCCAGUUGAGCUUGAUCUCCAGAAAAAAGCAGAACCAGCCCCACCGAAACCAGCUGAGCCAGUGUCCAAAGCGAUAGUUGCUCCGCCGCAGCCUCCGACUGCCCCUACUCCUACACCAGCACCAGCACCGGUAUCACAGCCUCAAGAAGCUGUUCCAGCAGUUCCCACCCCCACUCCUGCACCUGCUGUGCCUACUCCUGUCCCUGCGACCCCAGUAGCUGCCACAGCUCCCCCCACCACCCCUGCUCCUGCUCAGGCCCCACUUCCUCCAGCUGAACAACCUGUGGCUCCGUCGGUGUCCAGAAGUGAGGCCAGUUUGCCACCAGCCAAGCCUGAGAUGAAGGUAGCCACCAUUCCCAGGCAGGCAACUAAGAGGAAGAGAGAAACUAAGGUUGUGCCAGAGACUCCAGAGGUUAAGAAAGAGGGUAAGGAUGAGGAUCGCAAGUCAAAGAGAGUUCGUCUUCCCACUCAGCCGUACCAGAGUCCUAUACCAGAACUCAACAUUAUUGCCAAGAUCAACAAAUCUUCCAAGGCCACCCCUUCGAAGGCAGCUGAUGAUAAAUUAAUCGUAUUUUACAAGAAUGAAUUUUUAGCCGUAAGAAACGCUGAAGGAGGAUUUUACGUUUGCCAAGCUAUGCAGAAUAUCUACAAAAGUAGUCCACGCAUUCGCAUUCGAUGGUUGUCUCAAGAAGAAGGGAAGGAUACAUACUCCCCUGACUUUUAUGAUCACACAGAUUUUGAUUGUAUAUUAACAAAUCUUAACUUGGACAAGAUAGACAAAGAGAAGUUCAAAUUACCAGCCGAAGAACAGCAACGCACAGAGAGUAUACUCAAGAGAGCCUUAGAUGUGGAGAAAGGCGUGUCAGAGAAACCACCAGUGACCGAAGAGCAUCCUGACGGAUUGGACCUUUCUCUAUUCCGAGACGAGUCUCAGCUAAAGAAAUCAAAAAAUAAAUCAGGGAAGAGAUCAGUCAAAUCAGACGGAGGAGAAUCAACGUCAAAUGAAGAGGACGAUGAACCAGAAGACGACGACGAUGAAGAAGAAGAAGAAGAAAAGGAAGCUAAAAAGAAAACCUCACCGAAAACCAGUAAAAGAAAGAAAAAGAGUGCCAAAAGGAAAGCACCUCCCCCAAGUGAAAAGAAAGCAGCAGCAAAAUCUGCCACAACCAAUAAUAAGAGCACAGUUCAACCCGCAAAGAAGAAAACUGAAACAAGGGUAGGAAGUAAGAGGAAAUCAUCGGUUUCAUCAAAUACGCAGCCAGCGGAAAAGAAAACGAGAAAAUCUGAAGCUAGCUCGCAACCUGAACGAACAAAUAAAACAAGAAGUUCGGGAGCGGAGGUAGUGGUGGGGGUUAAGUCUACACGCAGAACCAAGGGUCGCAAGUAAACUGCCAACACUCAACACUCGUCAGCUGAAAACAUUGCGCCCGUCAACUCUCACCCUAUAACACGUAGUUUGGGAGAUGUCGAAAACAAUGUUCCGUCAACCUUUCGGAAUUGAAGUGAAACAUAUUGGAAAACCACAUUUUAAAUUAAUUAUGUAUAUAAUUGUAUACAGAUUUGUUUUUGUAAGGAUGUGAGGCACCUAUGCUUCUGUCUAGUGGUAGAGCAAUUGCAUUUGUAGGGGAGUGAAGUGUUUGUGUCUUCUGUAUUCACUGUGUCUCUCGAGAGACUGAUUCUGUGUUUCAACUUUUUCUGUCAUUCAAACCGAACAUGAUCUUUGAUCUUUACAGACGGUGAACAAAUGUGCUGUAUAGCUGUGCGUCUGAGUUGAGGUUAUUAUUGUCUUGUGUGAGAUAAGUUGUCCCUAAUGGAUUUAAUAGUUACGGUAUAUAUUGCGUAUUAGUUUUUUAGUAAUUUUUAAGAGAAAUAUUUUUAUUAUUUAUAGUUAAAAAUUGUUUAUUAUAUUUCUGACUUAAUAUUGAUCUUGUUCCGUUGGCGGACGACGCUUUACAGGUUUUUUCGCUGUAUGUAUUUUUAUUCUUAUUGAUUUUAUAUAUUAUAUAUAUAUAUAUUUGAUAUAUUUUUGAUUGUGUUGAUUAUUGUUACUGAUAACUUUUUUGUAAUUGGCCGGUUGUAUCGUUUGUAAGCAUCACUGGUGUUAAAAGCCUGGUAAACAUUUUUGUCUCAUAUCAAAACGACACUAUUAAGUCUUAUUUAAAUUAUGUUGUUGGAAUCUAUAUGUUGUCUUUAUGUUAAUUAUAAAUAUAGGUAAAUAAACAGAUUAUACAACAAAUAGUGUGUGUGAAACAUGUAAUUCUCUUUCAUUUAACUUAAACUAUACGGAUAACAAAAAAAAAAAACAAAAAAACAAUACUUUAAGAACUGUGCUGUAAAACGUGCCAGAGAACAGGUUUUUCGGUAAUAGAUUUUCAACUAGUAUUAAAACAAAUUAGGGAUAAUUUUUACUCUGUGAAAUGUUGGAAUUACCAUUAAAGUAUUGAAAAUGGUGAUGAAGGCGGGGGGUCUUCAUCUAGUCUGUACAGUACAAAUGGUGCAAUUUUAAAUUAGUUUGUUGGUAUGAGAAAUAAAUUUAUUCCCCUGAUAAA